AGCAGUCAGGUCUCCAGCUGCCGCUCAGUCCCGUUUGGAGGAUCCUCUCUUGCAACACCUUUUCAACUUAUUUCCACCUUAACUCCGCUCAUCACGACGCUCACGCGCCGCAUCUGGAACAGCUGUGUUCCCCUCCAGUCCAAACGCAAUUCCUCUCUUGUGGAGGUCAGCCUGUGCAACGACCAGCAUUAAACAAACAUCCAGCAGGACUGUCGCCCACCAAAAGCUGAAACCAACCUUCUGCACAGUGACAAUCAGCCAGAGAGCCGCUGACAGCAACUGAAGCAGCCCGUGAGAUAUUCAACCCGCCUGCACAACGGGCAGCAACCGGCAGACAAGUUAACCAGACAGAAGCGCAGCCAUGUUGAUCAUCUUAGCCUUCAUCAUCCUCUUCCAUCUGGCUGCAGCCAUCCUCCUCUUUGUUGCAACCAUUCACAAUGCGUGGUGGGUGGUGUCGCCAGCUGGACGCGAUGUGAUCUACACUGACCUGUGGUACUCGUGUAACGCCACCUGCUAUCCCGUGGAGAACAGCCAUACUGCUGAUGCAGCCUUCCUGCAGGCCGUCCAGGCCACCAUGAUCCUGGCCACCAUUUUAUGUUGCGUCAGCUUCUUCGUCUUCAUCCUUCAGCUCUUCAGGCUCCAGCAGGGCGAGAGAUUCAUUUUCACUGCUAUCAUCCAGCUAUUGGCCUCUCUAUGUGUGAUGAUCGCAGCGUCCAUCUACACGGCUCAGAAAACGAGCUUUCACGUGGCCAGCCUUCAGGACGGCUCCUACGGCUCCUCCUAUGUCCUGGCCUGGAUCAGCUUCCCCAUGACUCUCAUCAGCGGCCUCAUGUACCUGGUGCUCAGGAAGCGCAAAUAGAUGUGACAGGCUCGAGGCACAGGCACGCAGAUAUUUAAAUAUAUAAAUAGGAACACUUGGACACAACUGCAUAAACUUUCCCUCAGCAAACACGCAUGAACACAUUCUUCUUUUUAACCCUUAGAUUCUGUGAUACCAUUGGAGGUAAGGGCAAACACUACAAAUCCACUACAAUUCAAGUCUCAGGUUUAGAACCAGGAAAUUCACCAUGACAGCAUUCAGCAACACUCAAAACCACAAAAAGUCACACACCCUUCUCCUUCCUGAUGGUACAUUGUUCUCGCUAAAUGUGGCAAAGAUGCUCUGGGACUCUCCAGACUCAGUGUGUUAAGUUGACAGGUUGUACUACACUCUUUUUUCCACACGCCUCAGAAACACUGCUGACAGUUGAUGAAAAGACCCGCUGUUAGGCUUUUUUGUUUCCAUGCUUGACAGUCUCUAAAAAUAUGUCUCCGGAAACAUUCAAGGUGAGAAAUACAUUGUGAUUUACAUCUGAUCUGCAAUGCCCUGUUUGAAAAGUGAAAUCUGACUUUUGCAAGAUAGGUGCACUACACUGAUUAAUUUCCAUAAAGCUGAGGUCAUAUCUACUCAAUGCAAAUACACUGGGCAUGCACCUUGCUGCACUCAUCACUCAUUGGCCCCUGAGGCUCUUUGCUGUGUUUAGUGAGAACGUACCUUCACUCUCCUGUCUCUGCUUUUCCACUCAGCCACUACACAGGACAUGAGCAGUGUCCCAACAUAACGAUUUGUCUUCUCCACCUGUUUUACUGUCCCCCGCUUCCCACCAACUUUCUUCAUAGGAAACAUCUGAUCACAAAGGAUAAAAGUUGAAGACAAGUGGGGAGAGUUGUCUUACUGGGACACAGCUCCCUGGACUUUCCAAAGGGUCCAUGCUUUUUUUGUGUUUUUUUUGUGAAUCUAUAGUCAAUGGAUUUUUUUUUGUACAUAUUUGCUGUGUAUGUAUAGUUAAGGUAAUUGCCCGAAACUUAUUUCUAAUACUGAAACACUAAAAUGUUACGUAAAAAAAGGAAAAAAAUAGAGAGUCUUAUGUUAACCAUAGCGUACAGGUAGUGUAGUGAAGCAGUAGUUGAGGCAUAAAAUGUAGGAUUUUAACCCCAUUGUUUGUAUUCUUGUGUUACUGACUUGUGUUUUAAUGGUAAAAAAGGAACCAAUGAUGUGCUGUGAUGUUUGGGAUUUCAGUAGAAACAUGCAAACUUGAAAGAAGGAUGAACAUUUCUUUGUUAUUGUCAUGCUUUCUUGUCCACAGCUCCACUGAGAAAAAGACAAAAGCUAUUUAUUGUUUGAAACCACUAUUGUGUAUUUUAGCAUCAUGUGACUGAGGAUGUAUGAAGUAAUUAAGCCUUGCCAUGUUCGCCCCUCCCUGGCUGGGCUGCUGUCUAUUUGGUCCAUUACUGAAACAUCUCUAACACGCAUAUGCACUUGUGCUCUGGUAUUUAACAAUAAAUCUGUUGCUGUAUUAUACCUGCCACCAAUUCCCAGAAUUGCUUGUGUCUGCAGCCUUUGUGGAGAUACUGUUUGAGCCCACACAGCACUGUGCUAUAACUGCUUUUCUUUUGUCUUUCUUGGUUUUGGUUUGGGGGGUGAGACAGUUAGGGGAGACCAGCUGGUUAUUACCUUUGCGGCUGCUAGGACAUUUCUAGGAAUAAAAAUAAUGUAAAGAAGUAAAGGGUUGGCUUGUCUCGUGACCAGACUGUGUUCAUGUUGGGCAACUUUUGACAGAGCACAGAGCCUGGUAACUUAUUAUCUCACCAGUUAUGAAGAUCCAGGGAAAAGACACGGAGGUGAAGAAGUUGCUCUGCUAUCUCAAGACGAUACUUGAAAACGAUCAAAACGACAUACUGGAGGCCAAGAAUGUGAUGCUUGUUGUGAAGUUGUCAUCUUAAGAGUGUUUCACUGAAUAAUAAGACUCCUGUUUGCAAGUUUUUGUCUUUCAGCAAAUCCCUUUAACUUAUGUUGAGAUAAAAAGUAAACUAUUGCUGCACAAAAGGCUUUUUUUUUCGGGGGUGGGGCACUGUUUAGAAUACGUUUUGUUUGGAUGUAUUUGGAUUAGCUUUGAUGAUUCCAAAGCAGAUACACAUUUAGAGUAAACCAAAUACUUGAACUUAAGUUCUGUUUAAACUCUGUUGCAGAUAUUCAACAGAAACCACAGCAAAGCUAGGAAUAUUUUUUUUGUUUAUUUGUUUAUGGUUGUGAUAAUUUUCCUGUAGUGUGUUUUGAGUCUAUGUAUAUAUACUGUAUCUUGACCAGUGUAGCUCUAUAACCACAGGACCAUGGUGACAUAUAAUCAUACGAGUUGUUGAAGCCAAAACUGUAUUUAUGGGGAUUUGUUUUUUAAACAGUUGCUGCAGUUGAAAUAUUUCUAAUGCUUCAUGAAGUAUUAAUUCCAUACUAACUACAAGUCUCAUGUUGCUUAAUCGAGACAUGUUGAGAUAGUCAAUGUUGUAAGAAUUUAGGUUAAACAACAGUUUAUUUUCCUUUUUUCUUUUUAGGGUUUAUCCAAGCGUAUGUAUGUACAGUACAUAUAGUACUUAGUACAUAUAAUAGGAGUGUUUCUACUUGUUACAGGCUCCUUUGCCUCUACUAUUUUAGGCAUUUUAAGUACCAGCAUGCAAUGCAUUUUGACCUCUUUUGCAACAUCCAUGACUGUAAGUUAUUACUGUGCUUUCAUGUAUUCACAUGUCAUCAAAUGUUUGUCUAAUAUUGACACCCAGUGGACUGAUAGAAUACUACACAAUGUCUAAAUAAUAGUUUUUUGGUCUCAGGCUUCAGAAUAGCCCUAAGCUCCUGCCAAGCACUCCUGAAAAGAAUGAACUUGUUUCUGCCUGAUGAAUCCUGCUUCUCUAAUCUCAAAACAACUGAUUAGAAAAAAAAAACAAAACAAAACAAAACAAAAAAACACACCCCUGCAAGAA